AUGCCUCUCAUCCUUGAUUCUACUUCUUCCCACCCAAAGAUCCAGUCUUCGCCCAUGGCAAAAGACUAUAACAAACCAUUCCUCCCCGCCAUUGUUGUUCUCAACAGGCGAUACCUAAUCACCGACAAUGGCUCCGCCGCCAAGGUCGGGGCAGCCGCAUUUGCUGCUUCAGUGGUUCAGGCCUUUGUGGAAAGAGGAAUCUUCUUGGGAAUGAUCCUGUACCACAGAGACGAGGAUAUCGUGGACCCUUACAUCUCCAGCGAGGUCUUCAGCUCAAUCUCAACAGUCACCAUAUCCUUCAACUUCCACAUGGACCCUAACAAAGUCGCCAAUGCCCUACUCAGCUGCAUCAGAAUCCUCAACGCUGCCAACCCCAUGGAGGGAACCCCCAUGCUAUACUAUCAAACCGACACCCUAAUGGAGUACCAUCCCCGUCACAUCCCUCUAUGCGUUACGCACCACGGCCCCUUUUUUGGAAGCUUCGCAACCAUCUUCUCCAAGGAGGCCGCCGCCCUGGCAUUCGGCAGCAUGGAGAAGGCAGAGCAUCUGGAACGACAGCAAAGCAAGGGUAUUGAGAUAAUCAAAAGCCGGGAAAAUGCAUUCGUCCUCCAGCACUCACAGCUACAAGGCAACUAUCUGGCCUCCAGAGGCGUCACCGCCUUACGUGAGCUGUGUCCGCCGAUCGAACUUCUCACCGAAACGGAAGAGACCAAAGAUGAGCUGCCCGAAAACAUCACAGAAUGGUUUAACUUUGAUGGUGUAGUGAUGUUCACCGCAGUUGCCCGCCUCGAUUACUUCAAAAAUAUCGAUCUGCUUGUUGACGCGGCAAUUCUCCUCUGCGUCCAGGGUAUCCCUCUCAGGGUCUUCAUUGCAGGAGGCGAGCAGCCAGAUAGCAAGGAGCAUAGAGCACUCAUGAACAAGGUGCCACCCCAGUACCAGCAUCUGUUCCUCAUGGUCCCUAAGGUCUCGAGAUCCGCUUUAUACAAUCUAUUCGCCGUGGCACGGCACACCGGAAUUUUCAUAUGUCCAUCUCGCUACGAGACUCUUGGUAUUACCCCGUUGGAGGCGGCUCUCAAUGGCGUUACCACCGUAAUCUCUAACUCCAGCGUUGUCGAAGCCUCCAGAUUCUACCCGGAGAAAUUCCGGUUCAACGCAAACCCAGAAGACCUCUCGAAGCUAAUUGUAAAGCUGUCUGGGCCGCGAGGAACGUUGGCUCACUCUGGCGACCUAAUUCGCCUCCACAUUGGAAAGUCUAUCCAGGGCAGCAAAUUCCGCUCUGAUCUUCUCGAUGCAUGGUCGGACUUCUCGGUGCAAUACUUGAGCACACUUGUAGACGAGGUACAACCCGUGCAUCCGUCUCUGUGUUUGGAAACGCCACAGGAGCUUGGGAUUGGCAUCAAGGAACGUAUACGAGUGGUUGCAUGA